GGAAGUUGCACCUAUGAAGGUGAGUGAUCAUAUACUUGAACUGAAUAUAGCUGAGAAAUGAUAUUCACUACUGGAAACCUAAAGUCUUCUCAUCCAUUUUCCUUUGAAAUUUUUGUAGGGGGAGAGGCAGCGGUGGAUGACUCAAAUUCGGGCAAGUGGUGUGUAGCAAGCCCUACAGCAAGUGAUGAUCAGCUACAAGCGAACAUUGAUUUUGCUUGUGGAAAGGUAGAUUGUAGCAUUAUAAGGUCUGGUGGUGCCUGUUUCGAGCCCAACACUAUCCAGAACCGCGCCUCAGCUGCCAUGAAUCUUUACUAUCAGCAAACGUAUCAGGCGGAUACGAGUUGUGAUUUCAAUGGCAGUGGCAAUAUUGUCAGAACCGAUCCAAGUUAUGAUGAUUGCAAAUUCAAGUGUAACUGAGGCAAGAUGAAGUGACUACUCUUGUUGCAGGAUUCAAG